GGGCUGGUGACGUCAGCAGCUUUGGGCCCAGAGUUCUUUAAACUCCGGGUAUUUGAGGAUCCACCGACGAUGAAUGCUCUUCGGUUUGCAGCAGCGUUCUUUUCAAAGCCAGGAUUCCAGGUGAUGGAUGACUCAGGAGGACUUUCAUUCGGGCUUCGUGAGAGGCUUCUACGGCUGAUGUUCCCACUGGGGUUCGGACGUGUGUGCACGUCCCGCAUGCUGACGAGGUCAGGGACAGUGAAGUCUGGCCCCACACCUGCGGAGCAAGCCGAAAUUGACCGCAGGCUAGCAGAAAAGAAAAAAGAAAAGGAAGCAAAGAAGAAACAGAAAGAAGAAGAUGCAAGGAAGAAGAUGAAAGAGAAGAUGGAGAGAGAGUUGGAAGAAGAGUUGAAGAGCAUAGAAGAAGAAGAAGAGACAGAASAGGAGGAAGAACAGACAUUGCAAAGACGUCGUCCCAUCGACAUUCCGGGGAGUAGUACAGCACAAAAACUUCCCGUUGAACCCUUGAAUUGGGCUAAUCAAUACUACUACUCCAGCGAAUUACUGAAAGAGUCGGAAGAAGAACGUGAUGUGUUCAUUGUCAAGCUGGCCACGGUGACAGAUACCGUGGAGCGAAACCUGAUGAUGGAAGAAAAAAGGGCUGAGUUGCACAGUAAAUUGCUAGCAACUAGAAGACAAGAAAUUGAUGAAAAGAAAAGACUGCAGGCAGAAGGGGAAAGACUGCAAAAGGCCCUAGAAGCCCAAAAGGAAGACCCCUCUGCAACUGAAGUUCAACUAGCUUUACUCAGAGAAGCAGUGCUUAACACAAGACAAGAUAUGAACUUAAUGGGUCAGACCCUGCAAAGAGUUGAAACGCAGCGGGCGGAAUUCGAAAAUGUCUGGAAUAACUUCUUAGAGAAGUCCGCGAAGGACGUGGACCAUCAUGUUCAGACAUAUAUCCAGGUUUUGGAUGAUCAUGUCACUGAAACAUUCACUCCGGAAGUCGUAGAGAGGAUUGUAAAGGGAGUUGGAGACGAUGGAGGACAUGGUGAUGGCGACGGCGAUGAUGAUAAGAAAGGAAAGAGGAAGAUUGGGGAUCGGAAAGAAAAACUUCCUCAGGAAACCGGUCAGGUCAACAAGAUAAAACUUAAACUGCCCUGGACCUACAAUGGAAAAAAAGAAGAAAGUGUGUUACACUGGGCGGCAACAAUCGAAACUUACGUGUACGGACAUCGUAUUCCAUACUGGGACAGGGUGUUGAUGGCAACGUUGUGCAUGGGAGGCGACGCCAUGAGCUUUGCCAUCUCACUGCAAAAAGAGGCGGGAUGCAGCUCUAUGGUCGAAUAUUCGCAGCAAAUGCGUAUUGAGGAUUUCCUUAAAGCGGUGCUGACCUACAAGACAAGAUUAGGAAUGCGUAUCCCGAUCCUGUUUAUGGAACUAUGAUUAAGCUAGUGCAAGAAAGGCCAGCAGAGUUUCCCGAUCAUAAAGUAACUCAGGGUCUAUUGUUUGAACGAACUGAUGUACAUGAUAGGCCGUGUAUACCCAAUAAUGAAGAGAUCAAGAGUAUGAUCUUGGGGGAAUGUCAUGAUACAGAAGGCCAUCUCGGGUGGAAGAAGACCUAUGGGACGUUAUUGCGUUCCUACACAUGGCCUCGAAUGAAAGCAAACUGUAUCGCGUAUGUGCAGGGUUGCCAAGUGUGCCAACGAAACAAAAGCACCACGCAAUC